AUGCACCAGGACUUGAAUAACAGGGCAAAUUUUCAAUGCCAAUUUAUGUUUGUUUUGCCACAACAGAAUCGAAGCAAGGAGAUGAAGAGAUUUGAAGGCAAAGUUGCAAUUGUGACGGCUUCCACUCAGGGCAUUGGCUUCAGUAUUGCUGAGCGCCUCGGCUUGGAAGGUGCCUCUGUUAUUGUCUCAUCUCGCAAACAGAACAAUGUAAAUGAGGCAUUGAAGAAGCUUAAAGCUAGAGGAAUUGAAGUGUUGGGAGUGGUUUGUCACGUGUCAAAUGCAGAGCAAAGGAAGAAUCUCAUAGACAAGACUAUUGAGAAGUAUGGAAAAAUUGAUGUGAUCGUGUCCAAUGCUGCCGUCAGUGUGGCUGCUGCUAGCAUUUUGGAAACUAAAGAAUCUGUUCUUGACAAGCUGUGGGAAAUAAAUGUGAAAGCUUCUAUACUUCUUCUAAAGGAUGCAGCUCCUCACUUGCAGAAGGGUUCAUCUGUUGUUUUCAUUUCCUCUAUUGCGGCAUACCAACCACAGGUUCCCAUUACUAUGUAUGGGGUGACCAAAACAGCCCUACUUGGGCUUACCAAGGCCCUUGCAGCUGAGAUGGCCCCAGAUACGCGUGUGAACUGCGUUGCUCCUGGUGUUGUACCCACGCACUUUGCCAAAUUCAUAACAAAACAUGAUGCCGCUAGGAAAGCCAUCGAGGGCAAGACAUUACUUAACAGGCUCGGUACCACAGAAGACAUGGCUGCUGUCACUGCAUUUUUGGCUUCCGAUGAUGCUGCUUACAUAACAGGAGAAAUUCUGAUUGUUGCUGGAGGAAUCAAUUCCAGACUUUAG